GAGGCAGCCGCGGAUCCGCUCGCCGCACACACUUCUGCCUUCACAAACUGAGCCGUGCAUGCCGGGGGAAAGUUGGAGCAGCGCAGCCGCCGAGGGCUCCCGCCUGCUCAGGGACGUGGGAAAGCAGCACCUUUCCCAGGUUGUCCUCAGAAGGUGGCAGAGCUCUGCCCCUGCUGAAGCACCGCUGACCACUGUCAUCAACCAAGCAUGCAGAGCACGUGAGACCCCCUGGGACCUAACCCUGUGGUCGCUCAGAGGAAAGGAGAAGGCAAGAGAGGAAAAGGGAGCAGCUGAGACCCACCGGCAGCUGCCACAGGGAAUUGGCUCCAGCACUGAGCUUCCAGACAGGACCAAUGGGUACAAGUCAGUCACAGGGCCACAUCUUUCUCUGAACAGUGUCAUUCCUAACACACAAGGCUGAAUACAUGAAGUGACUCUGCAGUGUUCUCCAAGGUCACUGUAAGCCCAAGGUCACUUUGGAAAGGGCUCUAGGGCUGCCUGGUAGAGGCUUACUGCAAGUAACUUUGGAACUGGUAAGAGCAAGACUGCUCCAUCCAUGCAACUGCACUAUGGAUCCGUGUUACAACCAUACAAGCUCUCAAAAAAGGAUGGACUUCCCCCUGCAGUUGCUGGUUGGGUCCUGCCUUGCUGUCCUCAUUGUGGUCACUCUCUCCGGCAACAUCAUCGUCUGCCUGGCUGUCACCUUCGAUCGCCGGCUCCGCAGCUUGACAAACUGCAUCAUCGUCUCCUUGGCCAUCACUGACCUGCUGCUGGGCCUCCUGGUGCUGCCGUUCUCUGCCUUCUAUGAACUUGCCAAAGAGUGGCCCUUUGGCAGCACUUUGUGCAACAUCUAUACCAGCCUGGACGUCAUGCUGUGCACAGCUUCCAUCCUCAACCUCUUCAUGAUCAGCCUGGACCGCUACUUUGCCAUCACCACCCCACUCCGCUACAGCCAGCUGGUCACUCCUUCCCGGGUGGCUGUGGGUUUGGCUGUUAUCUGGACUGUUUCGCUGAUGGUCUCCUUCCUACCCAUCCACCUGGGCUGGAACACCAAUGGGACAGCAGUCCAAAACACAGUCCCCAACUGCAACAAUGAGUGCAGGCUGGAGGUGAACCCGGUGUAUGGGCUAGUGGACGCCUUGCUCACCUUCUACAUCCCUUUGGUCAUCAUGUGUAUCACCUACUACCGGAUACUGAAGAUAGCGAGGGAGCAAGCCAAGAGGAUAAACCACACAUGGUGCUGCAGCAGCAACACCCCCAUGCCACCCAUGGUGAAAGAGCACAAAGCCACCAUGACACUGGCAGUGGUGUUAGGAGCGUUCAUUGUGUGCUGGUUCCCCUAUUUCACUGUGUUCACAUACCGGGGGAUGUGGGGGGACAGCAGGGUGGAAGGCACAGCUAUGUCCAUUGUCCUCUGGCUGGGCUACGCCAACUCAGCCCUGAACCCCAUCCUCUACGGAACACUCAACAGGGAUUUCCGAGUGGCCUACCAGCACUUGCUGCACUGCUGGAGGACAGGGGGCCCCAGGAGUUCCCGCCUGCCUACCCUCCAGAAGGCUCACUCCAAGGGCAGGAGCUGCAGGCAGGGCCAGGACAGGCAGGAGGGUAAACCCCUGAAACUGGAGAUGAGGAACGGGAUCUUGCUGACCGGUGGAGCCCUCAAGAGCACCAGAGCUUUCCCAUGAGCCUCAACCAGCCCGCUGCCCUAGGACCCACGUCUCCCAGCCUUCAGCUCCUGGAUGCCCUCUUCCAAAAUCCUGUGGGACUGAAAGGACAACACUCAGUUUUCCUCAGGGAGAAACUCAACGGCAG